AUCAGUGUGCAUGGCGGUGCCGAUAUGGACUUAUGCGUGGACCGUAAAUGGAGUUGGCCUCAUGUAUUCGUACGAUGUAUUCAGAAUAUGCUUGGUGUGAUCAUUUUUAUUCGAAUGAUCUGGAUUACUGAUCAGGUCGGACUCGGAAUGGCGAUCUUCUUUAUUUUUCUCGGAUUUCUGGUAUCAUUUUUGACAACAAUGUCUGUGGCAGCUAUAACCACGGAUCAGAGAGUCGGAUUCUUUUCGACGAUUUCGACAUAUGCAAGCUCAGCUGUUGCGGCAGGCGUUGCGGUACUGUACGUGUUCAGCAAUGUGAUCGCUUUUGCGGCGUUCAUAGUCGCCCUCGCUGAGACGUUGGUGAACUUUUUGAGGAAUUCAGGAUCCACGAUCAUCGACGGUUCCGUAAAUGAUAUGCGUAUUUUCUCAGCAGCGUUCAAAAUCUCCGACUACAAUCCUUACGAUGAGAAAGCGAUGGGAUUCGUUGUCUACUUCCCCGCUGUUACUUGUAUAUUUGCUGGCUUGACAAUUCCAGGCAGCUUCGUACGAAAAAAGGAUAAUAUUUUCCACGGCACUUCAUUAGCGCUGGUACUAUCCUCAUUGCUAUACAUACUGACAGCAAUUCUAGAAGCACACUUUUUUGCAGUGAGCCAUUUGGUACUCAGCCAUAUCAUUGAGCCCGGUCAAAAACUUCAUGCUAUGGCUGUUGGUAAAAGCAAUGGUCUUGUGCCCGGCUGGGAUAAGCUGGGACGAGGUUACGGUGAAGAGAAUAGUCCACGAAUCGCUUUCAUAGUAAUCACAGCUGUGGGUAUCGCCUUAACAAUGAUAGGUGAUUUCAAUAUUAUCGCAAGUAUUAUGACUAUCUAUUAUUUGGCUACGUUUUGUAUUCUUAACUAUUCCGUCUUCAUGGCAACACUUAAAUGUGAGUUUCGUUGA